AUUCCACAGGUGGCAGCAGUGAGUCCAUUCGAGAGGAAAUGGACACAAAUAGUCGUAGAAGAAGACUCUCCCGCAGUCGCUGGAUGAUGAUGUCACAUUCUUGAACAUGGAGCGAAAACACAUGUCAGCUUUUGCUUUGUAUAAAACGUUAUCAACCGACCUGCCUCCUCCUGCUACGAAACCUUCCCUGCAGGUGGCAGAUAAGAAGAAAAGGAAAAAGGAGAAUGGGGCUAAUAAGGUCAACACAGUUAAAGCUCAAUUAAAGCCUGAAAGGAAGAAAGUGCGAAAGAAGCUCCUAAAGUCUGCAAAAAAAGAGGAGAGCCUUAAGGGAAUGACAGAAGAUGAGGAGUGUGUGAAUGGAGCUGGUGAGGCUCUGGAUGCUAUGCUGGCCGAUCUGGGAAAAGUCAACAACAGCAGGGAGCGAGCGAGCAAGCUGUUCCAGUGGCUCAUCAACCCCAUUCCUGCGAAGUCCUUCUUCAGGGAAACGUGGGAAAAGAAACCCAUUCUUGUUCAACGUAAGACUCCAGAUUAUUACAAGGGACUGUUCUCCACAGCAGAGUUUGAUCGCAUAUUAAGACAGGAAGAUGUUCAGUAUGGAGUGAACCUGGAUGUCACGAGCUACUCUAACGGCAAAAGAGAGACGCACAAUCCUCCGGGAAGAGCUCUGCCGUUCACUGUGUGGGACUUCUAUGAGAGUGGCUGCUCCCUCCGCAUGCUGAAUCCCCAGGCUUUCUCCUCCACGGUGUGGAACGUGCUGUCCAUCCUCCAAGAGCAGUUUGGCAGCAUGGCAGGAGCCAACGUAUACCUGACGCCACCUGGAACACAAGGCUUUGCUCCACAUUAUGACGACAUUGAGGCGUUUGUGGUUCAGCUGGAGGGGAAGAAACAUUGGAGAGUGUACAACCCAAGGACGGAAGAUGAGGUCUUGCCUGUGCUUUCGAGUGCCAACUUCGAUCAGGCAGACAUCGGGAAGCCGAUUCUGGAAGUGGUGCUCGAAGCCGGGGAUCUCCUUUACUUUCCCCGAGGAUUCAUCCACCAGGGCGACUGCCUCCCGGACGCUCACUCCCUCCACAUCACCAUCUCCUCUCACCAGAAGAACAGCUGGGGGGAAUUGCUACAGAAGUUGGUUCCAGCAGCAUUGGAAAUAGCCAUGGAGGAGGAUGUGGAGUUCAGACAGGGCUUACCUCUGGAUUACCUGACAUACAUGGGAGUACAGAACUCUGACAAGGAUGACCCACGCAGGACAAAAUUCUUCUCGCGAAUUGAGAGUCUGAUGAAGAAGCUUAUUACUUAUGCCCCAGUCGACGCCGCCGUGGAUCAGAAAGCCAGAGACUUCCUCCAUGACUGCCUUCCUCCCAUGCUCACACCGGAGGAAUUGGCCAGCAGUGUGCAAGGAGCAUCUACUAGGUGGGAGCGCGGGCAAGUUCUGGAUAUAGGUGCACAAAUCACUACUCAGACCCGAGUCAGAAUUCUCCGUGCUGGAUGUGCCAGGUUAUGUAGUGAUGGAGAAGCUGUUCAUCUGUACUACACAACAGACAACUCCAGAGUUUACCACAAAGAGGAGCCCAAGAGUUUCGAAAUAAAAUCAGAGCACACAGAUGCCAUGGAGUUUCUGAUCCAUUCAUAUCCCAAAUUUGUGACAGUAGGAAGUUUCCCAUGCGAUUCUGCAGACGACAGGAUCGCUUUGGCUGAACUGCUUUUCGAGAGGGGGAUUAUCCACACUGCAGAACCUCUGUAAUGGCCAAAGAUUCUUCAGUCAAGCCGACUGCAUGAAUAGAUUGCCUCUGUACAAAAUACAAACACUUAUUGCCCCAAAUCUUCAUUAGGUCUACUGGAAGGGUCACAUUGAACAACCCAUUUACGAAUUUGCUCUCUGUUCAUCAUCAAAUAAACCAGUUUCACUUUU